AUGGCCAUCCAUCUAUACCUGCUGAUUACGGCAGGGGUGCUGGCCGCUGGCUGGUAUUGGCGCCGAAUUCAAGCUCGGAGGGCUUUUGCCAAGGAUAUCCCGGUUAAUGUUAACGACAUUAUGUUCAUGGGGAUGGACAUGACGAUGUUCUUCCGGGAUGCGGUUGGGCGAUUUGAUUACUAUAACAAAAUGUUCCUGAAACAUGAGCGAAUGUUUGUGGCCAUGGCUGGGCCACUGUUUCAUUUGGCUCUCAGUCAUCCGGAUUUGAUUCAGAAGGUGUUGAGCCAUCCCAAGUGUCUGGAUAAGCCGUAUCUGUACGACUUUGUGGGAUUCGAGUUGGGACUGUUCAGUGCUAGAUAUCAUCAGUGGAAACGCGUCCGGAAGGCAGCUAACCCGACGUUUAACCUGCGGAUCCUGCACAGUUUCAUUCCUCUGUUUGAUAUAUGCUGUCGAAGAUUGGUGGAGCGUCUCAAGAAAAACGAAGAUGGAGCCACCAUCGAUCUGUUCAAAUACACCUUGCGAGCAAGUGCUGAAAUGGUUUGCGUCACGACGAUGGGCGGAGAUGUUCUGGAACAUGAGGAUUUGGAUGAGCUGAUUCACUGUACCGAUAUGGUUAUGGAGCUGGCCAGUGCAAGAUUUUUGAAUCUACAUCACCAUUACAACAUUGUUUAUAUGUUUUCGUCUAACUACCGGAAAGAGCAAUACGCUAGAAAGAGACUUUCUGAACUGGCGGUUAAGAUUAUGAAGGAUAACAGAAGCAAACAGCAGCAGGAAGCUCAAUCAAACGGAUCUACCGAAAUCAACACCGUCGAUUCGGAAUCGGACGAACCACUUCGAAAACCGGUCAUCUUCAUUGAUCAGUUUUUGUCGGAAUCAUCCAAGAUGGAACCAUUUUCUGAGGAGGAAAUCGUCCACAAUGUGGCCACCUUGCUGGCAGCUGGUAGUGAUACAUCCGGAAACGUAACGGCCCACGCUUCCCUUUUCCUGGCUAUAUACCAGGAUAUCCAGGAGAAAGUGUUCCAAGAAAUCAACGAGAUCUGUCCGGACGAAAGCGUUGAGAUUACCCCUGAGUUGCUGAAGAAACUGACCUACACGGAAAUGUUUCUCAAGGAAACGCUUCGUCACUGUCCAGUUGGACCAAACAUCGGACGCAAAAAUCUAGUGGACAUUGAACUUGAUGGACGAACGGUACCAGCUGGAACCACUUUCCUCGUCUCGCUGCAUGCGCUUCAUCGACAGAAAGCUUUCUGGGGAUCGGAUCCGGAAAAGUUUGAUCCGGAUAACUUCCUGCCUGAACGAGUUAAGGAUCGCAAUCCGUACGCCUUUCUACCAUUCAGCAUUGGAGCACGGAAUUGUAUCGGUGAACGUUAUGGCAUGAUCAGUAUGAAGGUUAUGUUCAUCUAUAUCGUGAGGAACUUCAAGUUGCAUACCAAGCUGCGGCAUGAGGACUUAAAGUACAGAUUCGAUAUUACACUGAAGCUGAACUUCCCGCACGCUAUUCAACUGGAGAGGAGAAUCAAGCAGUAA